AUUGUUUUCUGGAAAGAUGAGAAAAAAAGUGAUGUGGUCUCAUUAUCAAGCAUUUACAAGAAAGAUUGCCGUGAGAAUGCCGAUACGAAAUUAUCGUGGAAGGAGGGAAGGACAUCUAAAACUUACAGUGUUAGAGUACUCAAAAUUGGAGGUAAGUGCCUGUGAAUAUUAAUUGAUUUUUAGUUAAAAGUUCCCAUCUAUAAAAAUACCAAAUGACUCAAUUAGAUUAUAAAAUUAAGGAUAUCGAAGUACUUCAGAUGAUUUUUUUUUAAGAAAUCCUUCUCAAAAUUCAUAGAAUAGGGUUGAAUUUUAAUUUUGAGCACAAUUUCGAACUUAGUUUCCGAACAAUUAUUUGAGGAGAAAAAAUUUGAAGAAGGAAAUUCAAUACAUAGUAGCCAUAAGGGCACCACACUCGCAUCUUCAAUCCAAUGGUUGGGAGUGUUGAAGCGUUUGUUCGUACAUAUAACCGUAUAUAACUUUUUUCGUUAUCUAUCCUAGUUUUUUUUAAGAUGUUGCAAAAUAUAAGUUUCCGAAGAAAUAAUCGAAAACAAUUAAAUUAAAAACCUCUCGAUUCGCCCGAUGGCCAUAUUGGGUGGUUUGAAUCCGCGCGUCCCUGGCGUCUGGCAACGCUCCAUUCAAGUGACUACUCGGACCGAAUUGACGAGGUUAUAUGGAACACAUGUGCAGUGUUGCCGUAUAAUCAUUAGAGGUUUGAAGAAAUUCCCCCGAAAAUUAAUUCAACAAUGAAAAAUUCGAAAAAGUAUGGGGAUGGCAAGAUUUUGGGUAAAACUGAAAUCUUGCUUGGAAAAAAAUUGCUAACUUGAACGAACCACUCCGAUAUCCUUAAUUAGUCAUCUCCCAUCUCUUUUUGAAAAAUUUUUCCUUUUCAAUUUUUCACUUUUGUUCCAUUUUUUUUUCUUUUUAGUAUUUGAAUGAGUGGAAAAUUAUGAAACGAAUAUCUCAUGAAAGCUGCAAUAUCCCGGUUUACAAUUUUGUUUAUAAAAGUUCUUCAUAGUUUUGAAAAUUAUCAAUUUGAAAUCAAGCAUUUACAUUUGAAUGGGUUGACACCAUGGAUGGAGCCGCGCGUGAGGUUUAAAAAAAAAAGUGAAUAAUUUUUUUUUUUCAAAAUCAUCUGAAGAGCUACAAAAGUGGGGUGUUUCAACCAGUGGCCACUUGAUCCCCCCUGAAGAUAAAGCACAGACUCCUGAGGUUUCACUAGUAAAACAGAAAGUACGAGCGAUCCAGAAAGAAAUAAAAAAAAUUGUUUCGAUAUAAAUCGUCAGAUAGAUCUCGAAAUAAUGGGAAGUAAAUCCCUUUUUUCCGAUCAGUUCAAAUCCAAGGCAGUUGAAUUGAAUGGGGAAAACUCCGUUGGUGGCCUUCACAGUCGGGAUAUCAUGGAAGCUUCAACAAGUGUUAUACAGGUCGAGAAAAGUCGUCCAGCAUCCUCUAAAAUCAAGAUUAAGAGAGCUGAAGUACUAACAAAGCCCGUGAAAUUGCAGCAUCAGACUUCAGACGAAAGCAGUAAUGAAGACAUUCAUAAUGACAUGGAGAGUCCUGAGGAUGGUGGAAACAACCACGCAGUUUCCGCGCCCGAAAUGAAUAUUCUUCCUCCAGUGACACCAGAAGUAUUCCAGUGGAUGACAUUUAUGCAAAAAGCGUAUGAGGAACAACUAAAACGCGGUCAUAUAGCAGCACAUGUUCAGCUGCCUGACUCUAUGAAGACUCCGGGAUCAGAAAAAAGUGAAAUCUUCCCUGAUUCUUCAAUAUAUUUGCCAACCAAAACUAGAGAAGUUCACAAAUGAUUAUAAAAAGGAUGGCAAAUGGCGAAUGCUUACAGUCAACUUACUGGUGGAGAUAUAUGGUAAAAGUUUGAAAACAAGAACAGCUAAAGGCACUAGGGGCACUGUAUCUGUCGAUCACCGCGUGUUUGAAGAAAUUUUUGAUCCCGUGAAUCUCCAUUCCAAGGAAAACGUGUCUAUCGAUAAAUUUACAAAAGCAGUGAUGCAGGCAUGUUCCAAUCGCAAAAGGCCGCCAAAGCGAAAAUUGAGAGAACCAUCUACAGCUGAUGCAGGAGAGCCACCUCAGCCUAAAAGAGCUCGCAUACCACAGGUGACAGCAUCUCCUCCACGCCCAGACUUGGUUGUAACUUCACGUCCAGCUAUGAUAACGCCUAUCACUUUGGAUCCAAGAGAUACUCCAUCAAGGUCUCCUAAUGCUCGUCCGUCUCCACAUGGUCAACAAUUGGCUCAUCCUGUCCAGCGACCAGCAUACAUUCAACACCUACCUACGCAUACCCAGGCACAUUGCUCAGGAUCUACCAUUACUCACUCAAGUUUCGGGGACGGAAUUUUAUCUGAUCCUCGUCCUCUUUACCCAACUAACCCCUAUCAAGCCGCAAAUCCAUUGCCACAAUAUAGAAAAAUGCCUGUUGCCUCACAGUCUUUUCAAUUGCCGAAUCAUCAAACUCCCUCAACCAACUAUGUAACGCAAUCAAUUAUCACACCCGGUAUGCCUCAUUUUAAUUCGCACUUCUCUUCAGCAAUGAUGCAACUUCCGCAAUCCCCCAAUGUUCAAGGACACCCCCAUGUACUAUCCUCUGUCACGCCUCAUUCUCCGUUUCAACAUCCUCCACAUGCUCAAGCACCUCCUCAGAAUGCAAUUGGUGGUAGAAUUUCUGCUAAUUUUCAAAGUUUCCACUAUCCAGAAAAUUCUGGUUAUUUAUCUAAUAAUUCUAUGCACACCAUGAUCACCACUAGUAUCCCUAAUUUUCUCUCACACGUUCCCUCACCAACGACGACAUCAGCACCGCCAUCAACACAUCAAGAAAUCCCCCCCUCAAUCCCAUCCCCUUCUGCUUCUCAGUUACUGGAACGAAAAGCUGUCCAAAGUCAUUCCAAUUCUUCCAUACCUAGACAAGAAGUAAUGAAGAUAUCUGAACAAAUUGGUACUAUCGCUCGGCCUGCAAUUUCUUUGACCCUAGAUGAAAGCAUGGUUUCCAAUUCACAAACAUUGCCAUCUCCAAGAAAUUCCAACAAUUCACCUGGUAAUGCAGUGCACCCAGUCGCUCAUAAGGAUCACGCUACUUUAAAUCUACAGUGCUCCUCAUUAAUUUCACCGAGCAAUGCGUCUGUGACUUCCCAAUCAUCGCAACAAAUUGUAAAUCCGCAUUUUAACCCAAUUUCUUAUUCUCUUCUCUCACUAUAAUAUUUGGAAUUAAAGAGUCAACAUGAAUAUUAUUACCUAGCAUGUAUAGAAAAAUUAUCCGAAAAUAUCGAUUAACUUACUCUUUAAGUCUUCCAAUGUAAUCAACCUCAAGAAUGAUAUUAUCGAGAAAUUAUCUGUAAUUAUUUAGAAUGUAAGAAAAUCCCAUUGAAAUUUUGUUAACAUGCAUGAUAGUUCUAUGGGACUCCAAUGAAUGGAGUUACUUUUCAAGUUUUCACAUAUAUCUGACUAUUAUUUUAAUAAUAGCUGGGACACUUGUACUAAACUUCGCAUAAUGUAUGAUUGGUGCAAUGAAAUUUUGUUAAAAUGUAUAAUUAUGUUUAUGUGAUAUCAAUAAGCCUACAGUUACAUA